GGGGCAGUUGCAGAAGGAGCGCGGCUGCGGCGGCCGAGCGUGCCCGUUGUGGGGGUGUGAGCAGCGCAGCCCUCCCCCCCUUUUUCCCUCCCCCCCUUUUUUUUUUUUUUUUUCCAACCCUCCCCCCUCCCUUUUUUAUUUUUUUUUAUUUUUUUUUUCUCUCUCUCUCUUUCCUCUCCCCUCCCAUCCUCGCCGAGCGAGCCGGCUCUCGGAGAUGGGGGUCGGGUGCUGAGCCGCAACCCCCGCACCCCACCCCGCCGCACUCACACCCCCGCCGGGAUUGUUUGCACUACCCCCCGCGCACCCACCCGGGAACAAGAGCACUCAAGGUGAAGGAUAAUAAUCAACUAGAAUCAGCACUUUGAAUGAAAUUUUGUUUCCCUGUGGCAUCUUGAACACUUUCUUCUUCGGGUUUUGAAACAGACUUAUACCUUUGUGGCGUAGCAGCUAUGCAGCUUGAAAUCCAAGUAGCACUCAAUUUUAUUAUUUCAUAUUUGUACAAUAAGCUUCCCAGACGUCGUGUCAACAUUUUUGGUGAAGAGCUUGAAAGACUUCUGAAGAAGAAGUAUGAAGGGCACUGGUAUCCAGAAAAGCCAUACAAAGGAUCAGGGUUUAGAUGUAUACAUAUAGGGGAGAAAGUGGACCCGGUCAUAGAACAAGCAUCCAAAGAGAGUGGUCUGGACAUUGAUGAUGUUCGUGGCAACUUGCCUCAGGAUCUUAGUGUUUGGAUUGACCCGUUUGAGGUUUCAUACCAAAUCGGUGAAAAGGGACCAGUGAAAGUGCUUUAUGUGGAUGAUAAUGAAAAUGGAUGUGAGUUGGAUAAGGAAAUCAAGAACAGCUUUAACCCAGAGGCCCAGGUGUUCAUGCCAAUUAGUGACCCAGCAUCUUCAGUGUCUAGUUCUCCUUCUCCUCCCUUUGGUCACUCUGCUGCUGUGAGCCCAACUUUCAUGCCCCGCUCCACUCAGCCUUUAACCUUCACCACUGCCACAUUUGCUGCCACCAAGUUUGGCUCGACCAAAAUGAAGAAUAGCGGCCGUAGCAACAAGGUCGCCCGCACUUCUCCCACCAACCUUGGCUUGAAUGUCAAUGACCUGUUGAAGCAGAAAGCCCUUUCCUCCUCCAUGCACUCUCUCUACGGGCUUGGCUUAGGCAGUCAGCAGCAGCAGCAACAACAACAGCAGAAGACUUCUGCCCUCUCUCCUAACGCAAAGGAGUUCAUUUUCCCCAGCAUGCAGGGUCAAGGUAGUACCAGUAGCAUCUUUCCUGGUGACAGCCCCCUUAACCUCAGUCCUCUCCAGUACAGUAAUGCCUUUGAUAUGUUUGCAGCCUAUGGAGGUCUAAAUGAGAAGUCUUUUGUGGAUGGCUUGAAUUUUAGUUUAAACAACAUGCAGUAUUCUAACCAGCAAUUCCAGCCAGUUAUGGCUAACUAAAAAUAAAAGUGAAAUACAAGUAAAUACUAUUGUACAAGUUAAAAUGCACGUACCCAAGGGUGUAUCUUUUUUUCCACCUCUUGAGAUUUUUUUUUUAAGGCUUGUAGUAUGAAUACAUUCAGGCUUGGUUAGAUAAAUACAACAUGCAUCAUUUUUUUUCAUUUGCCAACCAAGCACAAAAUUAUUUUAUACUGACUGUACAUUACAAAAAUAUACUCUCAAAAUAUGGCCUCUUACAGUAUUUAAGAUAUAGCAAGGACGUGGCUGAUUUUUUUCAUGUGUGUAUAUAUAUAUGUACACAAACAUAUAUGUGUAUAUAUAUUUAAAAAAUUGGCACUAAUAGGUGGGUUUAUUGGUCUUUUUCUAAUUGUAUAAUUUAAUUUAGUACAAAGUUUGUAAAAUAUCAGAGUAUAUAUAUUGUUUCUACAACAUGGUAUUGCAUUUAUAUCUUUUUACUACAGUGAUCUGUGACAGCUGCAGCAGCUUCAUGUUGUAUUUUUUUUACUGAAAUUGUAAGAUAUCCAUCUUAAAGACAUCAAUUCUAAAAAAAAAAAUAAAAUAAAAAGUUGUGUACAGAAUAUUCCUUAGUGGUGGAAUUAAAAUGUACGAAAUAUUUGCUUUUUUCAAAAGAAACACAAAUUGUAUUUUCUGUUAAAAGUUUAAAGAUUUUUGCUAUAUAUUAUGGAAGAAAAUGUAAUCGUAAAUAUUAAUUUUGUACCUACAUUGUGCAAUACUUGAAAAAAGGUAUAAAAGUAUUUUGAGUCAGUGUCUUACAUGUUAAGAGGGACUGAAAUAGUUUAUAUUAAGUUUGUAUUAAAAUUCUUUAAAAUUAA